AUGGGCAAUGAACAGUCGCAGCUAAAAGGAGUCGAAAUCAGCAAGAAAGCUAUUCAGGUGACCGACUACUGGUCGCUGUACAAUGGCGAACUUCCCAACACCAACGGUUCCCCCACCAGUAUAUCUAUAUUCCAAGGCGAAACCCUAGUCAGCGGGCAGUUCUGGACGAAUCAAAACCCACUUGAGCGGGCCAUAAAGAACCUGAAAAUCUAUCGCCAUCCGUACAUCCUGAAGUACUUCGCAUCAUGGAGCAAGGGAUCGCUGAAAAUGCUCGCCACCGAGCGGUGCCGUCCGCUGGCAACAUGCCUGAACAUCACGAGCGACGUACAGAUAUGCCUCGGACUGAGGAACAUUCUGUGUGCAUUAAUUUUCCUCAUCGAACAGGCUUCCGUGCGUCAUCUAAGCAUCAGCAUAUCAUCGAUCUACGUGACGGAUGAUGGCGCCUGGCGUCUGGCCGGAUUCGAGCAUCUAUGGCGAACGACCGAUUUCAAUCAAACGCUGCUGGAAAAAUCUCAACCAUACCGCUACACCAAAGCGAUCGACCCCAACGAGCUCACCAGCAAGGGCCAAUCGCUGGAGCAGUUCGCGUUUGGUGUAAUGUGCGAAGAGAUAUUGCACAACAAAACGGACGUCAACAUUCCCUCGGUGGAAGACUUCAAGGCAUACUGCGCGACUCAUUUGAAGCAUGGAAAUCCGGCGAUGAGGCCAAACCUGUCGGCCGUUCUGCUGCAUCCCAUCUUUAACCACGAUUUUAUACUGAUACAUUCCUUCCUUACCGAACUGCCGCUGAAAGGGACGCAAGCGAAGCAAGAAUUCUUCAUCGGCCUAGCUGACCGGCUGCGCUCUUUUGAUCCGGAAACGGUGGCAGAGCAAAUGUGCGCUUUGCUCCUUUCGCGCAUUGUUCUGCUCGAUACGACGGCACAGCUGUGCGUGACGCCGUACGUGUUGCGGCCAAAAAGCGACGAUCUGUCGCCGGGGCUGUUUACGCCUAAAAUUUUCUCAUCGUACAUUUUGCCAAAGGUCAAACAAGUUUUCUGCGUGCAGGACGCACAAAUACGGCUCAUGUUGCUGGAGUACUUUCCGGCGUAUGUCGAGUACUUUACCAAGGAGGACUUACAGGACGACAUUCUACCUCAGCUCUUGCUUGGAAUUAAGGACACGAACGACGUACUGGUUGCGAAAACGUUGCUCUGCCUGGCCGAUCUCGUGCCCAUCCUCGGUUCGGCCGUAGUUAUUGGCGGCAAUCGGAGUAAAAUUUUCGCCGACGGACGACCGCAAGGGAUACCGGAUGCGUCGAAUCCGUGGAGUGGCGUGCGCUCCAUUACACCGGUUAUCGGCUCCGGGGAGUUAAUUUCUGGUAGCCCUGUACCGGAUGCGGGAGGCGACAAUAGCACCUCGUUUUCGUCGGUGCUGAUGAACCCGAGUAGUUUCAACAUCAUGCCGGAACGGUUGUCUCCCGAGGGAGAAGACAUUUAUCAGACCAACUCGGACGUGGAGCUGGACGUUGACGAGUGGAGCGAUUGGGAGAAUGACGGUAACGAGCGUACGAUUAACCAGCUGCGUUUUAUGGAUUCUGCGAGGUCAGAAUCAACUCCGCCCACCUCUACCGGUAUGAACGGUAUCAUGGGGGACCAUCACGGACCGGAAUCGAAUGAUGGUGCCGCACUGAGUCGUGAAAACUCCACCGAAAGUAAGGGCAAGCAAUCCCGAGAACCACAGGCCACGGUCGAAAGUAUAGAGCGGCUGGACAUUAAGACACAGCCAUUCCGAAAGAGCGACGCGGCGGGUGGCGAAGAGUUCGAUUUCUUCAAGGACAUGGAACCCGUCAUCCAGAAAGCGAACGUGUUGCUUAUCGACGAAGAAGAUGCACCGAAACCGACAGAUAACGGCACUGAUGAUCCCGCAUCCGGCCUGUUAAGUCAGCAUCCGCAAAAACUCAUCGAUAGCGAAGAAGAGAUCCCUCUCGUAGGCAGCAGUAGACUGGAGAUCAAGUUGGAUGAUGCCGAAGCCACCGAGGAUGGUUGGGGUGAUGAAGGAAACGAUGAGUGGUGAAACAUCGCAUUUCGUAAGCUUUAUUUAGACGCUUUUGUUUCUCCUUGGUUUAACAAUAAAGAGGGUUUA